AUGUCUAAAGACGCGAAGGAAAAUGAAGUUGAGUUGACACGCGUUAAAGCAAAACGUUCUAUCGUAAGAAGAGCAGUGACAAAUUACGUAAAGAAAAUUGAAGGCAAUCUAAAAGAACAAGACGUUAACUUUGAAGAAAUAUCUGAAAAUUUAGAACUGUUAAAGCAAAAAGAGUCUGAAUUGAAAGAUAUCGACUAUAAGGUUGAAGCGCUAAUUGAAAAUCUUGAAGAAUUAGAUAGCGAGUUAGAAAGUGUUUUUGCGUAUAACGAAAAAGUAAUACUAAUUAAAUUUCGUGCUGAGAAAAAACUGAACGAGCAGAAGAAACCAGAGUUAAACGUCUCCAGUUUAAGUAGCGCAGAUAAAACAAAUUACGGAAGUGAAACAAUAAAGCUGCCGAAACUGUCCUUGCCCAAUUUCAGUGGCAAUAUUAUCGACUGGCUAACAUUUAAAGAUCUUUUUAAUGCAACAGUAACAAAAAAUGAAUCUCUAUCUGAUGCUCAAAAGCUUCAAUAUUUAAAAACCUCGUUAAAAGGUGAUGCUGCGAAAAUUGUAAAUUCUAUUCCAAUAUCUGAUAGUAAUUUUAAAAUUGCGUAUAAUUUGUUAGAUGAACGAUACUCAAAUACAAGAGAGCAAACUUUUGCUCACAUUAAACGCUUUUUGGAUCUUCAAAGCAUUCAAAAUGAAUCCGCUUCUGCUUUGUUGACUUUCGUAGAUAAUGUCAUUGAAAUAAUUCGUUCAUUAGAAACGCUGGGUCAAUCGGUUGAUAAAUUUGGGGAUACCUUAAUGUUGUAUUUAAUAUUACAAAAAUUAGAUACUUCCACUAAAUUAUGGUGGGAACGCCAGUCAAAGAAUUCUGAAAUUCCGAAACUUAGGGAUUUAAUAGAGUUUCUAAAAAGUUACGCUAGAACAAUUCAAAACAGUAAGGGUUCAGUCGGUAAAGUACAAAAGCCCACAAGUUCUAAAGUUAACGCUUUGGUUGCGGUUUCUGUAUGUUCAUAUUGUAAAGAUAAUCAUUACUUAUCAAAGUGUGUAAAAUUUCGCAGUCUAUCCGUACCGCAAAGAUUUGAUUUCGUAAAACAAAAUAAACUGUGUUUUAAUUGCCUCUCUAAUGUGCAUCUAAUUAGAAAAUGUAAAAGCGGUAAUACUUGUUUCAAAUGUGGGAAGAGGCACCACAGUAUGUUACAUCAAGAAAAUGAAAAUAGGUCGAUAACUAGGUUUCCUUCUGUAAGUGCUAAAGAAUUUAUUCCUUGUUCAGUAGAAACGAGUUUAGAUUUAAAUCGCAAAAAUGAAGUUACAUCUAUAGUAUGUGCAAAUAAUUCAUAUGGUAAUCAAUUGGGAACUAGUAUGAAUAAUAGCAAUUCAUCUGUUCUUUUAUGCACUGCUGUAAUUAAGAUUAGAAAUUCUAAAAAUGAGUGGAUAAGUUGUAAAUGUUUGCUGGAUACGGGCUCAGAAAAAAAUUUCAUUAGGAAAGAAUGUGCCAAGCAAUUGGGAUUGAAAAUUAACCCUGCUCAAAUUUCAGUUUCCUGUUUAGGAAGUUAUAAUACGCUAAGCAAUGGAGCAGUCGAGUUAGUAUUUUCCUCUCAUUUUGACACUGAAUUUAAGAUAGUAACCUCCGCUUACGUCAUUGAUAAAAUUUGUGGGGAAUUGCCCAAUUCAACUACGCCUGUGAAAUGUUUUAAUGAGUAUAAGGAUUUAUUGUUAGCAGAUCCCUCUUAUUUUAAGAAAGAAAGCAUAGACAUUCUAUUUGGGGUAAAUGUAUUUUUUUCGCUUGUAAACGGAGAGGUAAUAAAACGGGGUGAAAAUCUUCCGUUCGCAGUAUGUUCUAGAUUAGGGUGGAUAAUCGCAGGAGCCACAACGCUCAGCUGUUGUGACUUAGAAUCUAGUUCUGUUAAUAGUUUAAGUGUUAGUACAGAUGAGCUAGUUAAGUCGUUUUGGGAAUUAGAACAAAUUCCGUCAACACAAUCGCUUACAAGGGAAGAAAGGCUUUGUGAAACGCAUUUCUUAGAAAAUUAUACGCGCAAUAAAGAAGGAAGGUAUUCUGUUAGACUUCCGUUUAAACCUAAUAGAAAAGUGUUAGGUAACUCCAAGGCCACCGCAUUUAAAAUGUUUCAUAGUCUAGAAAAAAGACUUCUAAAAAUGCCUGACAUUUAUUUGCAAUACAAAAAGUUCAUGACAGAGUAUCUCGAUCUUGGGCAUAUGGAAAUCGACAAUACGGUAUGCAAAGAAAAUGCUCAUUAUUGUAUUCCGCAUCAUCAUGUAAUUAAUGAGUCUAGUUCCACCACAAAAUUAAGAGUUGUUUUUAAUGCUAGUGCAAAAACUACAUCUGGUGUAUCAUUAAAUGAUACGCUUAUGAAUGGUCCAAAGGUGCAGGACGAUCUUUUCGCUAUUUUAUUGAGGUUUAGAUGUCAUAACAUUGCAAUUACAAGUGAUUUACAAAAAAUGUAUCGCCAGAUAGAGAUUCAUGAUGCAGAUAGAGAUUUUCAAAAAAUUCUGUGGAGGGAUGACCCCACUAAACCAAUUUCGACUUAUAGGUUGUGUACUGUCACAUAUGGUACCGCAUCUGCUAGCUAUUUAGCUACGCGAGUACUUAAACAGCUGGCAAUUGAUGAGGCAGCGAGAUUUCCAAAGGCAGUUGAUCUAAUCAUGCAUAAUUUUUACGUUGAUGACUGCCUGUUUGGCGCUAAAACGCAAGAGGAGGCGAUUGAUCUUAUCCAUGAACUGAAUGAUCUCCUUAGAAGAGGACAAUUUAAAUUGCACAAGUGGUGUACUAACAAUUCGUUUGUGUUGGAAAGACUACGCAAAUCAGAGGGCUUGUCCGCAUGUUCUUCUAGUACCGCCGAUUCUAAAUUUAUUAAAGUAUUGGGAUUGAGAUGGAACCCAACGCUCGACGACUUUACGUAUAACAUUCAUUUUUCGGAUAAGCACAGAGCCUUCCCUACAAAAAGAUCUAUUUUGUGUAGUGUGUCAAGCAUUUUCGACCCCCUUGGGUGGUUGUCGCCAUUUAUUAUAACUGCAAAAAUUUUGAUUCAAGAUUUGUGGAAAUGUCAGUUAUCGUGGGAUGAUCCUGUGCCUCCGGAGCUUAAGGAGCGAUGGAUUAAUUAUAGCAACGAUAUUUCUCAACUUGAACCUGUAACGGUGCCUCGAAGAGUUCUUUUGCACGAAGCGUCUAAUAUUGAACUGUAUUGUUUUUGUGAUGCCUCUGAGAAGGCAUACGCUGCAGUAAUUUACUUAAAAUCUUCUGAUACGUCCAGUCAUCAAGUUAGCCUGUUGACAUCGAAGACUCGUGUUUCACCAUUGAAAACAAUAUCGAUUCCGCGCCUUGAACUUUGCUCAGCUGUGUUGUUAGUGCAUUUACUACAAAUGGUUCUUUCGUCAUUACAUAUUCAAAUUGAUGCAAUACACGCCUUCACAGAUUCCACAAUCGUUUUAGCAUGGGUAAGAUCUGAGCCGUGGUGUUGGCAAAUAUUUGUUGCUAACCGGGUUUCUGAAAUACAAGGGAUCCUUCCUAUUCAACACUGGCGCUGGAUUCCUUCAGACCAAAAUCCAGCAGACUGUGCAAGUAGAGGACUUUUACCCUCUGAACUGCUUAAGUUUGACUUAUGGUGGUCUGGUCCUCCUUGGCUUAGACACGAGGAAAUUCCACAUGUAGAAGUACCAUUGUCAACGGACGCUCUAAAAGAAGAGCGAAAAAAGGCUUCGUGUUUAUAUGGAACAUCGUCUGUUGAUUUUCCAAUAAUUGUUAAAGUUUCAUCAUAUAUUAAAUUACGCCGCGUGAUAGCAUGGUGCCUACGUUUCAUUAAAAAUGCUCGAUAUCCCAAAAAUCGAAACAUUGGCUAUCUGACUAGUGAUGAAAUGAAAGCCGCUAGAAAUAUUUUGGUGAAGAUAGUUCAAAAGCAAGAGUUUUCCACUGAGUAUCUUCAUUUGGAGAAUAAAAAACCACUUCCUGCCAAUAGUAAAUUACUUUCCUUAAAGCCAUUUAUAAAUGAAGAUGGUGUAAUACGUGUUGGUGGUAGACUGGAAAAUGCUCCUUUUUCAAAUGAAAGAAAACAUCCCAUUCUCCUGCCAAAGCAUCACCACUUAACUACCAUUAUCAUUCGCUCCUAUCAUGAAACAUAUUUACAUGCGGGUACUAUUCUUUUGUUAUCUGUUAUACGUAAGGAGUUUUGGAUAAUUAACGCUAAGUCGGCCAUUAAAAAGGAAAUUUGGAAAUGCAUUAAGUGUUUCAAACUCAAGGGAAAAACAGCAACCCAGGUGAUGGCUGAUUUGCCGCGUGCUAGAGUAAUGCCAUCACGAGUGUUUUCAAAAACCGGUCUAGACUUUGCAGGACCCUUUCUAGUAAAACCGCGAUCUGGCCGCGGGGUUAGAACCUUAAAAGUUUACAUUUGUAUUUUUGUGUGUUUAGCCGUAAAGGCUGUGCACAUUGAAAUUGUUGGCAACUUAUCUGGAGACUGUUUUAUAGCUGCACUAAAACGAUUUGUGGCGAGACGAGGAAAACCAAGUGAGGUAUUUUCGGAUUGUGGGUCAAAUUUUGUAGCUGCAAAUAAAGAAUUGAAUAGAGUUAUUGCACUUCUCCAGAAGGAAGAACCCGUUCAUAAUUAUUUCGCCAACGAGGGAAUUAAAUGGAACUUUAAUCCACCUUCCGCCCCUCAUUUUGGAGGAAUUUGGGAGGCAGCUGUCAAAUCCGCUAAAUCUCUCCUAAAACGUACAAUAGGAGACCAAAAAUUGACUUUGGAAGAAUUUUCAACGCUAACGACACAAAUUGAAUCUUGUUUGAAUUCCCGACCGUUGAGCCCUUUGUCAGAGGAUCCAUCCGAAAUGUCUGCUCUUACUCCUGGGCAUUUCUUGGUUGGUACAUCGCUUUCUUCAAUACCAGAAGAAAAUCUUCUCAACGAAAAAAUUCCCCCUUCUUAUCGCUGGAAAUUAACUCAACAGAUUUUUCAGAGUUUCUGGAAACGAUGGUUACAUGAAUAUGUUUCCGCGUUGCAACAGCGAUCCAAAUGGGUACGAGAACAAUCAAAUAUUAAAGUAAAUGAUUUAGUUUUAAUUAAAGAGGACAACGUUCCUCCUCUGAGGUGGAGGUUAGGUAGAGUAAUGGAAGUUUUCCCUGGUUCGGAUCAGAAUGUGCGAAUUGUUAACAUAAAGACCGAUACUGGAUUUUUUCGCCGACCAAUUCAUAAAUUAGCAGUUUUGCCUAAUAUGGACUGA